AUGCAGGCUGAAAGUGUAUUAGUAGCACAGCUUGCGAGCCGGUACUUUCGUCCUGGUAGCGUCGUGAAAGGCGUUGUGCGGCUUGUAAGCCGACAGGAAAAGCCUGAUGCGCAAUCGGAGAUUUCAUAUGUAGUAGCGCGAGUGCAUGGCCAUGUCACAGUGGACAGCAACUUGCUCACACUGCCCGUUGUGCAUGUAGACUCACCUCACCCAGCGUCACAGGACGAUCAGGCACAAUCUAAAGCAAAAUCUUUGGACAGCGAUUUUCAUCUUGACACAUUGCCCGAUGUACAAAACUUCUCAGGCGACACAGGAACGUGCAUCUUUUGUUCACAACCGACAGUCCUGCUCUCAGAUGUCAACAUAGCGCCAACACAAUCAGAGCGGGAUGCAGCCACUUCAAAAAUGAAUAAACAAAUUGUCCUGAUUGAUUCAUUUGAAGCUGUGCAGAACGAAACGGCUGAGCGCUGCACUCGAGAAUUCGCGAUUGCACUGCCGGAGAUCAUUUGUCCUUCAUUUCGCGGCUCAUCUGCACGAGUGUUCUACGUGGUUUCUGUCACAGCGCAACAAGCAAUUGCGGGUAGCAAGCCUAUAUCCGUGCACCUGCCGUUCGAGGUAUAUGGUUCAGAGUAUUUUUUCGAAGCUAGCACUGUAGCUAGCGCAACCCAUCUCGCAGCAAGUCAGAAUGAAAGUGAUGAUUGCGAUGCAUCUGACUAUAAAAAUGCUGUUUCUAUGUCCAAAAAAGCAAAACAAGUGGGCGGAACGACUCGUGUCGGACGUCUGGAUCGAAGUGAAUCGGGACCGUCGGCACCUGCAGGCGUGCGAAUAGGCAGCGAGAUUCCGUUCGAGCUUCGACCGUCACUUAUGCAUGGCCGUGUGGAAACCGAGCAGAUGCAGCGUGCGCAAACAAGCAUCUUUACAAUCGGCAAAGAUAGCAGCCAUCUCGUACGUUUCCUUUUGACAAAACAAGUUUAUCAGCCAGGUGACGUUCUUCUAGGCGUAUUCGACUUUACACGUGCCAGUAUCCCGUGCUACGAAGUCUCAGCCACUUUAUGUCAGGAAGAAAGUCUCUCGUCAAUGGCGUUGGACCCUAAUCGUGUCGUACAGUCCAAAGUAUUUGGCAAUUUUCAUGAAUACACACUAGGAGUGUUGCAAACGAAUUUGCGCUUCAGUAUUCCACACAACGCACUUCCGACCAUUAAAACGGACCUGGUAUGCUUCCAAUGGCAUUUGCGUUUUAAUUUCUCAGCAGGCGCGUUGCCGCCACAAGAUGAAACUGCCGCAGCUACACCGCAACAGCGACAAAGUUUUCAAUGGCAAGUGCCGAUUAUUGUGCGAUCAGCAGUAGUCACAGAGCGCAAUCAGCUCGCCAACGUUUCACAUAAACUUUACUCGGGUAGCACUCGCGCGGCAUCGUUAUCAAGUAGUAGCAAAACGUCUUAA